AUGGUAACAAUUUUUUCUCAAGUAGCAACAUCGAUGUACUGAUUGUGCAGAAGAAAAAACAAUGGUGUGAUUCCAGAUUUUUAUUUAUAACAUCAAACAAAAGUCCGAUCCUGCAAUAACUUUCCAAAAUCCUACUCAAGACUGUAACAAUAUAGAUUUUAAAUGAAUUUUUGUUGUUUAACGAAUGUAUGGAGUCGCUAAGUGAUGCCAACAGUGAGAGAGAAUCAAAAGACGGAAUUAGAUAUUUAUUUAUUCAUUAAUAAUUAAUAUAGAGUUUGUAAAUUUUGUUUCAUCAGCCCAUUAUAUAUCCUAUAUAUAAAGGAUUAAGGGUUCAGAAAUGUAUAUUACAAGUUAUUUUUCUUCUCGAUUGUAAUGAAGUUUGUGAGUUUUAUUUAUUCUUAUUUAAUCAUUAGCCGAGUUAGGUUUUUCAUGGCGGUUGAGCUUACAUCACAAUGGAUAACAAAGUUAAUAUAAGGAACUGAUGGUAGAUUUUUAUAGUCAUUUGAUGGGAAAAGUAUGGACAAUAUGGCGUCGAACGUGUCAGUACGUAACACUAAACAGAGGAAAGACAAUUUAAUCACAAGGAAGCAGGAUAAAAGCCCCGAGAAGACGAUCAGGGGCACGAGGGGUGCGUACCGGGGUAUCCCCUCAACUUCCAAGAGAGAUGAGGAGACGGACACAGGGUCUUCGGAAAGGCUGGACAGGUCAAAGAAGUUUAUCUCGCAGAAUAAGAGUAGCUAUGGGUUAGGUAAGAGGCCAGAAUUCUUGAAGAAUCGGAAUGUACACCUCGCCUCUUCGCGGUAUGGCCAGAUGACAUCGGGUCUGCACGGACACGGGCACCAGAUAUCGCAGCCGGCGCACCACCUCGACUCCACCGUGCUACCCACGAAGGAGAAGACGGUACACGGCAAGGAGAAGACCUUCAAGGUGGUGAUGGGCGGCGAGGUGGGAGUGAUGAAAGCACCGGUGCUGGGUCCGCGUCCGUACAAUGCACUCGCUAUAAUCCACACGCAGCAGAGUAACACCUUCGACAUGCUAAACACGCUCACCACCAGUGUUGCCAGUCAGCCGGUGGUGGGCGUGGGCGUGGGCGGGUUCCGACGACGCAGCUCUGGUCAGGGCGCGCUGGCCAGCUGCGACCCCGAGCUCGACGACAGUGGGAACAAGCUCGUCGCACGACUAGAAGACGAUGCUUUCAUCUCGGAACAGGAUCUGGAAGAGAACAUACAGAUAGCCACAGCGACGGAGAAAGGUCUGCCUCACGCUGACGACACAGGGGGUGAACAGCCACAAGAACAACAGAAUGGUUUGGUGUAUGGUCCUAUCUAUGAUAAACUGGAUCUGGAGAAGGAUAAGCAGAAGCAGGAUAAAGAAGAUGAGGAGGAACCGAUUGGUGUAUCUCCAUGCGGGAGGUUUUUCAAGUAUGACAAAGAAGUUGGCAGAGGUUCCUUCAAAACUGUGUACCAUGGAUUGGAUACACAGACUGGUGUUGCUGUGGCGUGGUGCGAAUUAUUGGAGAAAAAGCUUAACAAAACGGAGCGUCUCCGUUUCCGUGAGGAGGCGGAUAUGCUAAAGAAGCUGCAGCAUCCCAACAUCGUGCGGUUCUACAACUACUGGGAGGGAACUGUCGCAAAGAAGAAGAACAUCGUCCUUAUCACUGAACUCAUGUUGUCCGGAACACUUAAAGCUUAUCUGAGAAGAUUUAAGAAGAUCAAUCCUAAAGUUUUGAAGUCGUGGUGUCGUCAGAUUCUGAAGGGUUUGAACUUUCUACAUUCUAGGACACCGCCUAUUAUUCAUAGAGAUCUGAAGUGUGACAAUAUCUUCAUAACUGGCACUACUGGCAGCGUCAAGAUCGGCGACCUCGGACUUGCCACACUCAAGAACAGGAGCUUUGCCAAGUCCGUUAUUGGCACGCCGGAGUUCAUGGCGCCGGAGAUGUACGAGGAGCAUUACGACGAGUCAGUGGAUGUGUACGCAUUCGGUAUGUGCAUGCUGGAGAUGGCCACCGGAGAGUAUCCCUACAGCGAGUGCAGCGGACCCGCACAGAUAUACAAGAAGGUCGUCUCGGGUGUGAAACCGCAAAGUCUGGACAAAGUGAACAUACCCGAGGUGAAGGAUAUCAUCGAAUCAUGUAUUAAACCAAACAAAACUGAUAGGCCCAAGGUAAAAGAUCUGCUGAACCACGAGUUCUUCGGCGAGGACAUCGGUCUGCGGCUGGAGAUUGUUGGCCGCGAUCUCGUCACUUCCUCCGACAUCACCAAGAUACAGUUCCGACUCAAGAUCAUAGAUCCUAAGAAACGGUCGUACACGCACAAGGAGAACGAGGCGAUUCAGUUCGAGUUCGACAUGGAGCAGGAUGACUGCGAGGAAGUGGCCAACGAGAUGGCCAAAGCGGGUCUCAUCAUGGAAGAAGAUGCGCGUAUCGUCUACAAGCUGCUCAAAUCGCAGCUCAUCUCGCUCAACCGAUGUUCGUGCCCGGUGUCGCCAGGUCGCAUUGCGAUAUUAGAGAGGAGCGAGAAGAAAGCACAGAUGUUGUUCAAUCAGGAGCUGAUCAACGAGCAGAACAGACAACAAUUGCUACUAGAACAGGUAAAAAUGUUCCAUAACCAACAGCAAGCGAGUCCUGUGGACCAAGUGAAAGCCGGUCUUCUGAACGGUGUGGGAUCACAGCCAACUUUAGCCGCCGUACAGCUAGAUCAACAGUCGCAGUUCCUUCAGACUCAACAACAACUGUUACAGCAACAGUAUCAACAAAUAAGCAACGAAGAAACUGCUAUGAAGAUCCUACAACACAACCUGAUCCAGGCACGUAUAUCACCCUCGCUCACAUCCCUUGAGCAGAACAUCAAGCAGCAGCAGGCGCUUAUGGAACACAAUCUGCUCAACCAGCAGAUGCUGGACCAGAACGUGCCCGCGCAGCUCAUGGAGCAGCAGGCCCAGCUCGAGCCCGUCUCCUCGCAGCAGCAGCUUCACCAGAACAACAUCCUCAACACGCAAUUUGGCCUUAACGAAAUCACCAACCAGAACCAGGCGUUGCAGCAGCACAUCAUACAGCAGCAGCAGAACAUCAUGCGGCACCAAGCUGCCGUCAUACAUCAGAAGCAGAUGGAGGAGCAGCUGACGGCGCAGGAGACCGCCAUCGCUGGCCCGCAGCCGAAUCUUGUUACCGGUCAGGUUCUCGACCCGUCCUUGCAAAAUCUGCAAAAUAUACUCGCGCAGAUCAUUCAAAGACCUGACACACUGCAAUCUAGGAAGGAGUCAGAAUCCGAACAGCAGCAAGCGAUGCAGCAGCAACAGCAGACGCAGCAGACGCCCGCCCUCAGCCAGCAGCCCACUACCGAGAGCGUCGACGUGCCCGCGCCUUCCAUCCAGCAGGAGCAGGAAGCCUUGCAGCAGACCAUGAAUUUACUGGGAUCUCAAAUGCAACAAGCUACUCAAAACCUCGGUUAUCAACAGAAUCAGCAGCAUUUCAUUCAACAUAAUAUACUGUCGGCCGCCGUCGACCCUGGCAUUUUAGCUCAACAGCAACAGGUGGCGCACGCGCAACAACAGAUGGUACAAGCUCAACAACAGUUAAACUUGCAGAAACAAAUGUUGGCCCAGCAACAAUUAGUCUUCCAGCAGCAUAUGCUUAGUCAGCAACAAUUGCACCUCCCCGGGCAGACACUCUCUCCGCAACACUUUAGAAACACGUUGUUCCAGCAGCAGCAAUACCUCGCGCAGCAGGAGCGCCAGUUGCAAACGCAGCAAAACAUCAUCGAUCAGCAGAAUUUGGCGCUCUUGGCGCAAAAGCAACAGCUGAUGGGACAACAACAGCAAAAAGUGGAAGAAAUGUUGCGAGCUCAACGCCCAGUGUAUCAACGGCAGGGCUCCGAACAAAGUCAAAUAAGCACAACUGACGUGCACGACCAGCAGCAACCACUUGUGCAGGAUCAGUAUCAACAGAAGCCACCGUUGCAGCCGCAAAUGUCCGUCGAUCAAAUGCAGCAGUAUCAAAAUCAGUACAUCGAUAUGCAAAUGCAGAAAAAGGAGGAUCAUUACAUUCCUCAAAUGCACCCUCUUCAAGGGCAAUCCCUCCCUCAUAACAUACUGGCUCAGAAUUUUAGUACAGUGCAGCAGAGCGAAAGACAGAUAUCUAGUCAUGAAGGCACUCCGGUGCAGAAUUAUUCUGUCAAUCCUUUGCAGAUGUACCAGCAGCAGAGUCAGCCUGUUCAGACUAUGCAAAACGUUUCCUAUCAAACAGAUUCAACUAUACCGUCUUCGGUGGCAGGAGCUGUACAGCAAAAUAUUUCUCAUGUACAAGAUUCCAAUCAGAUGCAUAUGCAGUCAAUGCAACAACCCCCUGUCCAACAACCAGUUCAACAAUCAGUGCAACAAACGGUCCAGCCUUCGAUCCAACAAUCAGUGCAACAGCCAGUCCAACAAUCUGUUCAAAACACGAUCCAAACUUCUAUGCAACCUUCUAUGCAACAAUCUGUACAACCAUCAGUCCAACAGAAUGUUCAGCCAUCUGUCCAGCAGUCUGUUCAGCAAACUGCCCAACAGACAGCUCAAUCAUCAGUCCAACAGCCUGUACAACCAUCGGUCCAGCAGUCUAGUCAACCUACUACACAGACUUCAGUACAAAGCUCCGCUCAAAUACAAGAAUCAAUACCACAUCAGUUGAGUAUUUCCGAGCCAUCUGACAACGGACACAUCAAUGGAGGGCAAAAGGAGCAAUUUCUGACCCCCAUGACGGAAUUCCCUUCCGGCUCCACUCACCCAGAUGGCAUCAAGCCUCCAGAGUUGAGUUCUGUGGAAGAGAAGUUAGGAGAAGCACAACAAGAAGCUCCCAUCAGCACAGCAGUACCAUCACCCAUCACAAGCGAGAAGAAGUCGCGGGGUUCUAAGAAACGUUCUCGGGAGAAAGACAAGCUACCCAAACUGACGGUGCUCGAAGUGAACGAUUCGGCGACCGUUGUGGAGUGCCAACUAGAGUCCAAGUCCAAAACCGUCACAUUCAAGUUCGACGUCACCGACGUCAACCCUGAGGAGAUAGCCAGUAAUCUCGUGUCAAACAACUUGCUGCCGGAGUGGCAAAGCGUGACGUUCACGGAGCUGAUCCGUGAUAUCGUGCAGCAGCUGCUGAGCGACCCUGCAGCCACACCAGUACUCAGCCCCGCACACCACGCCGCGCUCCGCCUCAACAUGGACAAGACUGACUACGACUCAGAAACGACGGAGCGUGAAGAAAACUUGACUGAUUCGAAUCAGGAUAACUCUGAGUGCACCACGCCCACUGCAAGCCAGGACAGCAUCGCGCUCGCGGAACUGGCGGACGACGAUCCCGUGCCCACGGCACCCACGCCUACGCCCGCUGAUACCGCGCCCACGCCCACUCCUACACCCACACCCGCAUCCGCGCCUGCCCCAGCCCCCGCGGUCCCUGCACACUUGCCCGCUGAGAUAUCGUCGAGAAAGAUCAGCACCGCUUCUUCUAUAGGUUCUAAUCAAUCGGACGGCGGCUCGAUACCACCAGAUCGUUCUGGCAGUUCUGAAUCUCAAAACGGCGAGAAGAAAACCCAAAAACCUACUCGUAAGAUAUCGAGAUUUCUAGUCAGCCCCGUUGUGGACCGCGGCGAGGAGGUCGUGGAGGAGAAGACCGAGCCCGAGAGGCCUCCCGAGCCCAAGUUGUACUCCGAGGUCGCCAAGGAGCCUCGUAAAGACGCCCAGGUCAACGGUCUGCCAGAGGAACAGGCCCCUCCGGCCUCGCAACCGCCACCCGCCGCGCAACGACUGCAGCAGCCCCAGCAGCCACAGCAGCCUCAGCAGCCCCAGCAGCCUCAGCAACCCCAGCAGCCUCAGCAGCCUCAGCAAUCCCAGCAGCCUCAGCAACCCCAGCAGCCUCAGCAACCCCAGCAGCCUCAGCAGCCCGCACCGGCCACACAGGUCACACCGCAAGUCAUUCCUCAAGAAAAAUAUGUUCCUACGCACCAGUAUUCAGUAGCGUCGCAGAUGCAGCCGCCGCACACCGUCACCGAGCAGAAGAUGGAAGUGAAGCAGGACAUACCCAUCAGCGCGCCCAUAGCUCAGAGCGUCGUGCCGCCCAUCACCGCCCCCAUCGUCAACAACAUACAGCCCACCAUCCCCCCCGCGUUACCCUUCCAGACUCCCAUGAUAAACCCCAACUUGCUCAGCGGGACGCUUCAGACCAAUCUAACCAACUUGAGCACGCCCCUCCAAAUAGCUACAGACACGCCUCUCCUCGGAUUAAGCCAAGUGGGCACGCCGAUAGGAGUGGGCGCGGAUUUGGGUCUCGGAAUUGGCCUGGGGCCUGUAGGUCCUACGCUGGCCGACCCUGUGGGCUUGAGUCGGCUACCUUUCGCCCAACCCGCCCUCGCGCCCACACCGAGCCUGACCGAUGCUCUGCCGAACGCUGAGAACAUACAGAGGAUGUUGCUGAAGCAGAAUAUUAUGAACCAGCAGCAGAACCUGACGGGUCCAAACCUGUUGGGUCUGCUGAACCAGCAGCAGUACCCGCAGCCCGACCUGGCGCUGCACAACAACCUGCUCACUAACGCACAGCCCGCGUGCGGUACGAUUGCGGGCGCGCGGCUGCCGGGCCACUACACGCCGCAGAAGUACUACCAACCUAUGCUGGCCUGCGCGGCUACUGCCAACGACUUUAUAGCUCAGCAGCAAGCUCUGCAGGGCUCGGUGUGCCCACUGGGCGCGCCAACAUUGGGCGGGGGCUUCCCCCUGGGCCUGGGGCUGGGCACGCCCAUGCUGCAGCACCAGCUCGCCGCCCACAAUCUGGCGCUCAAUCAGAACCUCAUGGGGCAGAAUCUUGGACAAAACUUAGGUCUAGCAACUCAAAACUUGGGCGUUGGGGGUCAGAAUCUCAUGGGCGGGCAGAAGUUCGGUGUAGGCGGACCCGCGUUGUCAUUGGUAGGGGCGGGGCAGCUGCACCGCGCUGCGCACGCGCACCACGCGCAUCAUACGCUCGCGCGCAGGGCUGUAGACCUCGAUGGAGCUGGUAUGACGAACGUGAACUCUACGGGGUCGUCACAACCGAGCACACCUAACAAGAAUCAGUCGUACGAGUACAUGCUCUCUCUGCAGCAGAAGCUCUCCUCUAUAGCAAAUAGCGGCCCGGUGUCCCCGCAGUCCCCGUUGGAGUACAGCCCCAUGUUGUCGCCCACGCAGCGCGCCAUGCACGCCAUGCCCACGCAUAAGACAGGAGAGGGUAGUGAGGCGCCAGGCAGUGAGGCAGGCGAGGGACCAGAAGUGGGCGGGGCGGUAGGCGUGGUCGGGGGCGUGGCGGCGCACGCGUCGCGUCUCGCGCACCUCGACCAUGAGCUCAGCAAGAUCAGUCUACACUACAAACAUACACCCAACAAGGACGUGUUCAUGGAGCACGGCGCGGAGGAACACGAGAUUAUGUCUGACAAUGUCAACGAUGGCGCGGGCAGCGCUUACGAAGCUAAAGAAUCUUCGCACGUGUUCGGCGAGAACGCACUUGACGAUAUGUCGUGCGACAACACCUCCUGGUGCGAGGAGGGCGUGGGGGAGGUGGGGGAGGGCGGGGCGGAGGCGGAGGUGGAGGCGGCGGACACGUACGUGCUGACGGACGCGGCUCGUGCGCGCUGCUACGUACUCACGGACGCGCUCAGCGGCCGCGUCGCCACAGUACUCGACCCGGCGCCACAACAGACUGAUCCGAAGCAGGCGGCUGAAGAAAUAUCGGAAGAUAAGGAACGCAGCUUCCUGAUUGUGGACCCGGCGCGUGAUAUGACGUGCACAGUGCUCGCGCGUACACUAGACCUCGAGCGUGACUCCGCCUUCGACCGCUUCGUAGAGCGCACCUACAGUCAACACGAGCAUACGCCUGAUGAGAAGAGUGAGAGCGUGUCUGUAACGGAGGAGCUGAACAAGUGGCGCGGUGUGGAGGUGGAGGGGCAGACGUGGCGCGAGGGGGCGGAGGUGUCGGGGGCGGGGCUGUGCGGGGCGGGGGCGGGGCCGCGGGCUGCGCGUGCGCAAGUUGGCGCGCUGCUCGCUGACGUGCUCGUCGACGACGUUCUCACCGAUAGAGCGUGGUGCCGGCAGGUGGUGCUGCUGUCGCUGCGCACGGCAGCGCCCUCAUGACAAGUGUAGCGACUCACAAAGUACCUUAUAUUUAUUGUACCGUGUAUCAUAAACUAUAUCUAUAUCAUUAAUCCUAAAUAAAAUAUUCAUAUGUGAUAUCUC